AUGAAUAAUUACAAUGGCAGCAAUGUAGGAAACCUUCAAACCACCCAGAAGAAGUCAUGUUUCGUCAGGGCUCUUUUUGAGUAUGACCCAUCUAAAGACAGUGGAAUUCCAGGCCGGGGACUGGCCUUCAAGUUUGGUGAUAUCCUACAUGUCACCAAUGCAAGUGAUGAUGAAUGGUGGCAGGCUAGAAAGCUGAAAGGCGACACAGUCGAUCAGGGCAUCGGGAUUAUACCUAGCAAACGAAGAAUUGAAAGGAAAGAGAGAGCAAGAAUGAGGACUGUGAAGUUUCAAGGCAACUAUACAGAGAGUGCUGCUGUCAGUUUACAUUUUAUUCCAUUCACUCCGGAAGAGGUCAAUAUUAUUUCAUACGAGCCAGUCUUCAAACAAGAACUAAAGUACACACGUCCAGUGAUAAUCCUGGGUCCGUUGAAGGAUCGAAUAUGUGAUGACCUCAUCGCCGAACAUUCGGACAUUUUCGAGACAUGCGUGCCACAUACGACGCGUCCCCGCAAAGAUGGCGAAGUAGACGGCCGAGACUAUCACUUUGUGAAGAGUCGAGAGCAGAUGCAACGAGACAUCAACACCUCCAUGAUGUUCGUCGAGGCCGGGGAAUACAAUGGAAAUCUUUACGGCACGAGUGUUCAGGCUGUCAAGGAAGUCGCUAUGAGAAAUAAACACUGCCUUCUGGACGUCAGUGGUAACGCCAUAAAACGCCUGCAACAAGCUAAUUUACACCCAAUUUCUAUAUUCAUCAAGCCUAGAACCAUUGAUUUGAUAUUUGAGUGGAAUAAAAAGAUAACACCUGAACAAGCAAGGAACGCAUUCGACCGAGCCGUCAGACAAGAACAUGAAUUUUACCAGCUUUUUACCGCUAUCAUAACAGGCGACACUCCUGAAGAGAUAUUUACAAAGGUCAAAGAGGUCAUCGCCAGCCAAUCAGCGUCGUCCGUUGCCUGGGUCCCGUCCAAUGAAAAGAUAUAA